GGAACUACUUUUCGGGCGGAGGGACCUCUGUGUGCCGAGACAUCCAGGGACAGAGACGGAGAGGAGAUUCGUCCUUCCUAGAGCGGCGGUUCCUGCUUGUGGUCCGCCCGUCCCCGCAGCCGUGACUAGAACGUUCCGGGUUCGCGCGAGCUCCAGGGUCCCGCACGGCGUGGGGCUGGGAGGAAGGGCGCAGCAGCCUCAGCCAGUGGGCGGGCUGGCGGCCGAGUGCCCGCCCGCCGGCCGCAGGGAGCAUGUGAGGUCGGGGCGUCUCGCGGUGGAUGCUGCUUCCCAGCACCGGCGGAGGGAAGCGGCUGAGAGUCCCCCGGGUGGUGCCGGGGCAGGCGCGCGUCCCUUCACGUCUCCCUCUGCCUGUCGGGACGGCACCCUGGCCGGUUCCGGGGACGCCUCGCGGCGGCCUCGGAAAAAGGGCUCCGCGAGACGGCGGCGUCCUCUUCUGCCUAGCGCCCGACCGGCCGCCCUCGUGGCUGCGAGGCCGGAGGGCGCUCCGCUCCUCCUCCUCGAAGGCAAGCAGGCUCGAGCGCGGCGCGCCCCCGCCCGUCUGUCCGCCGGUCCCGCCGUGCACGAGCCGGGCGCUCCCGCCGCGCCGCCAUCUUCACUCCGCCUCUGUAUCGGUCCGCCAGACAUCCCGGGUGGCCCUUUGUCCGCGCGGCUGGGCGAGUCCGGUCGGGGCGACGGAGCCCUGCGGCCAGGUGCGCCCCCCCCGGGGGGGGAACCAUGUCCCGGCGGAAACAGACCACCCCCAAUAAAGUGCACUGUCAUGCUGGAAAGGAUGCGAAGGGGCAGAUUGGUCAGGCCACCGUUGCUUUGCAGGAAGGGUUUGGGGAAAGCUGUUUUGGGGAGUGGACCCCAGGCAUUAGUCCCAUUCUGGGCCACCUUCAGGUAGGGGAGAUCACCAAUGGGCAACAAGGGUUCAAGGACCGGCUGAGCAGAGGACGAGCAGGGAUCUGAUGCCGCUUCUCAUUUCUGCUUCUAGGGGAGCACGUCUUUGCUGGGCUGGAGGAGCAUACACGACAGGCCAUGAUGAAAAGGGACUUCCCUGAGUUGCUUGGCACUCAGCCACCGAUGCAGCAACUACCUGAGAAGGACUCUAGCAGCAGUGACAGUGAUGUGGAUGAGGAGACCACGCAGGAUGAGGUCUCCUCUCCUGCCUCAGAGGAAGAUAGUGCCACAGCCACAGUGAAAAAGGAACUGGACUCUGCAGAGUCACUCAGCCACAGCAAACAGGUGGGCUUAAACACUGGUCCAGAUGCCCUGUUGGGGCUCUCCAGAUGCCCCCUUUGCCAGCUGGACUGUGGAAGCCGGGAGCAGCUUGUCACUCAUGUCUAUCAGCAUACAGCAGCUGCAGUCAGCGCUAAGAGCUACUUGUGUCCCGUCUGUGGCCGAGCACUCAGUUCCCCUGGCUCACUGGGCAGGCACCUCCUCAUCCACUCCGAGGACCAGCUGUCCAACUGUGCAGUGUGUGGGGCACGCUUCACCAGCUAUGCCACUUUCAACAGUGAGAAGGUGCCGGAAGUGCUGUGUGGAGAUGCUCUGCCGCUCCCUUUCCCUGAGGGCUCCCCGGGGGCUGAAGAGAAAGCUGCCGCCGCUGCCACUGCUCUCAACCCCACCGUGUACCCUGCUGGCAUCCUCCUUGUGUGCAACAGUUGUGUGGCUUAUCGCAAGCUUCUGGAAGCUCAAGCCCCCGGGGUGCGCAAGUGGGCGUUGCGGCGGCAGAAUGAGCCCUUGGAGGUGAGGCUGCAGCGCCUGGAGCGGGAGCGCACGGCCAAGAAGAGUCGGCGAGACAACGAGACACCGGAGGAGCGGGAGGUGAGGCGCAUGAGGGAUCGUGAAGCCAAGCGCUUGCAGCGCAUGCAGGAGACGGAUGAGCAGCGGGCACGGCGCCUGCAGCGGGACCGUGAAGCCAUGCGGCUCAAGCGUGCCAACGAGACUCCCGAGAAGCGCCAGGCCCGGCUUAUUCGGGAGCGGGAAGCCAAGAGGCUGAAACGGAGGCUGGAGAAGAUGGACAUGAUGCUGCGUGCGCAGUUUGGCCAGGAUCCUUCUGCAAUGGCUGCUCUGGCGGCUGAGAUGAACUUCUUCCCCCUGCCAGUGGGGGGCGUGGAGCUCGAUGGGCAGCUGCUCAGCAAGAUGGGAUUUGAAGAACCCAGCCCCAGCUCUCUGCACUGACUAGCUGCCCAGUAGGAGUACCCUGGCUGGGGUUUCACGGCAGCACCAGGAGACAAUGAAACUUGAGAGGGGCCAAGACUUCUGGGGAGAGGUUGGGAUGCUGGCAGUCUCUGAACUGUGUAUGGCCCAGAAGUCACUGGCUGUCGAGGGGGCAGGGAUAAUAAAUUAAUUAUACGUGU